UAGGACUUUUAUUUUGAAGUCAACGGAAACACUCGCGUUACCUGACAGCACCUUUUCUCAUCUCUUUUUACGUUAUACGACUUGUGUUUUCAUUCCCAGUUUCAUUGCGCUUUUUAUUUAUUUGCUUCGUUCGCAGAUAUUUUGUAACCUGUACUACGACUUUGCGUCUAAUUCUGAGCCUCGUGCCGUUUUAAGGGGACGUUAGCCGCUUAGCUACUAGCCUUGUGGUUGCCUAACAACGGUGGGGAAGCCAAACAACCGGGCUAACGGCUAGUUAGCUUACGAACGCGCGUUAGCUGGUGGACGACGUCAAAGAGUGGGUCUCGUGUUGUGUUUUUAUUUAGCAGCUGAUGAGCACACGUCAUGGCGGACGACGGCAGACGGGGCGAUGAAGACGACCGCGGCCCCGGAGCCGCUCAUCAGGUGUUUGUGGUGAUGGAGUGUUUGCUGGAGAAGCUGAAGGUGCUAAAUUAUGAGGAGGAAGUUCUGGCCAGACACAACAUGAAGAACCUGUCCAGACAUUAUUUCGUCUCAAAUCCGUAUCUGGCAUCCAACCCUGGUGAGCAGUUCUACAUGUUCACCAUCAUCGCCGCCUGGCUCAUCAACGCGGCAGGGAGACCUUUCACGGAGCCUCAGGAGUACGAUGAACCCAACGCCACCGUGUCCAACAUCCUGGCAGAGCUCCGGGCGUUUGGUGUUAAAGUGGACUUCCCUCCCUCCAAACUGAAAUCGGGUUCAGGCGAGUACGUCUGCCUAGUGCUGGACCGGUUGGCGGAGGAAGCUCUGAAGAAAAGGGGCUUCUCUUUCAGAAGACCAAAGUAUCCAACAGAAACAACAGAAGAAGAGUCACUGGUAGACGACAAUGCAGAGCUCACUCUCAGCAAAGUGGAGGAGGAGUUGAUUGAGGAGCCCGAUGAUGAUGAGGAGAACGGGAUCGAUCUGGAGUCUCUGAGAUUACGGACCACUCACGCUGAAGCACAACUGUCAUCUAAACUAGACGAGAUUCUGGAGUCAAAGGUUGAUGUAGCUGAGUGGAACCUGGAGGUGGAGAGAGUCCUGCCACAGCUCAAAGUCACCAUCAGGACUGACAACAAGGACUGGAGGAUCCAUGUGGACCAGAUGCAUCAACACAGAGAUGGCAUCAAGUCUUCACUCAAAGAGACAAAGAACUACCUGGACAAACUGCAGGAAGACAUUGGAAAGACUCUGGAGAAGGUGAGCAGCAGAGAGAAAUACAUCAACAACCAGCUGGAACAUCUGAUCCAGGAGUACCGCAGUGCUCAGGCCAAGCUCAGCGAGGCAAAGGAGCGGUACCAGCAGGCCAGUGGGUGGGUAACUGAAAGGACCAGAGUCCUGGCAGAGAUCAGUGAGGAACUGGAGAAAGUCAAGCAGGAGAUGGAGGAGAAAGGCAGCAGCAUGUCUGAUGGAGCUCCGGUGGUGAGGAUCAAGCAGAGUUUGACAAAGCUGAAGCAGGAGAUUGUUCAGAUGGAUGUGAGGAUCGGCGUCGUCGAGCACACGCUGCUGCAGGCAAAGCUCAAAGAGAAGUCCAACAUGACUCGCGACAUGCACGCUACCAGCAUCCCUGAGGCCGCGGGUGGACCCUUCGCUUAGUCUCGCCACCACACCGUGAACCUGACCUCAAACAAACGCACGGUAGCCGUGACCAACUUCUGCCUCAUCAUUCAGACUGACUGUGUUGGAAAACAGAGGAAAUAUCAUGAGAUUAAUGUAGUUUUUGUACAUGCAUGAUUUAAUUUGAUUUAAUAAAAUAUUUAUUUACUG